AUGCUAGCUCACGUCGACAGCGAAGUCCCAAUUCAGAUUGAGAUCAAGCCAUCCAUUUUGUCGAGCAAAUCAUCGGCGUCCUCAUCAACUUGCAACUCGCUUGGUGACGUGCUCAGCGACACUGAUCGAGUACCGCAGUCCAGUGAAUUAAGCACUACAGGAAACCCAUCUGCGAGCCGGGCCACGCAACCCCUGUCGGUUUCCUCCGCGUUCAUCGAGGUUUUCACGGUCGACGUGUUACCGUUCGACUUUCGUGUUGUCGGGGAGGCAUUAAUGGCCUCGAACUUCCAGAGCGAUGAAGAGAAGGAUAUUCAGGUGCCAACCAUGCUUGCGGGCGUGGAGAGGUGGGUUAGCUUCGAGCGAGCGAUGAAAAUCGAAAGUGAGAAGCCUCUCGGUCGGUGGGCGAUCGGGCUCCAUCAGUCAAGGUCGGAUACUUGCCGUCUGGAAACCCUGACAACCAUCCUGGAUAUCUCUCGUUUCCAAUACGCAAGAUAUCCUUCUUGA